AUGGACCUUCCGCGCAUCGUCGCCGCCAACAUCGACGGCCGCGCAGAAAACACGCGGUAUCGUCAAUCACAGUUCCAUCGUCUACAAUCUACAUUGGUUGAAAAUAUCGCGGAGAUCCAAGAUGCUAUCUGCUUAGACUCGUAUCAUACGCGCCAGGAGGUGCGCGCAGAGGUCGUACUGGCCUUGCAAGAGCUGCGGGCGCAUUAUGUCUCGCUCAGUCUGAGCAAGGAUCUUGAAGCUGAAUAUCGCAUCAAGAAUGGAAAGGAUAGCGCUGAUGCUUCCCGCGGAGUGGGUAUUGUGUAUAUCACCCCGACGACGCAUACGCUUUUUUAUUCGGUGAUUUCUGCUCUGACAGCCGCGCUGGUGGCCGGAAAUUGUAUCGUUUUGGAAGUGAGUUGA